CCGCCUUUUCCUAUUUGCGGCGCCGGGGGUUGGGCCAAGGCAAGAUGGCGGCGCCCUUCAGCCGGGCGGCUUGGCUGCUGCUCUCUGCCGCCGUGCGGAGCCCUCCUUCCCGCCGCUGCCUCUCCGGGGCUUCGGGGCCGAGAUGGCGGCUCUUCGGGGCGCUGUGCCUGCAGAGGCUUCCCCUGCUGACCCAGGCCCUGAGGCCUCAGGAAGCGGAGAUGGCUGCCCUGGUGCAGCAGAUUGAAGUGGAGAAAAGCCUAUAUUCAGACCAUGAGAUCCGUUGCUUGGCAGAGGAAGAACGCCUGCGGAGAAGGAAAGACAGAAACGAGGAGGAGGACGAGGAUGAACCUGGGAAGGAGAUUGUUCUGGCACAAGAUCUGGAAGACGCCUGGGAACAGAAACUCCGAAGCUUUAACUCUGCCUCUCGCACAACAGAUGCUGACAAAAACAACGAUCGGACGUCUUUGAGCAGGAAGCUGGACCAUAGUCUGCUCCUGCUGGUUAAGCAAAAGCUUGGAGACCAGGAGAUCUGGCUCUUGCCCCAAACAGAGUGGAAAGAUGGGGAGACACUGCGAGCCACAGCAGAACGGGCUCUGUUUGCCCUCUCAGGAAGCCCCUCUGGAGCCAGGUUUCUAGGGAAUGCCCCGUGCGGUGUUUACAAAUACAAGUUUCCCAGGGCAGUGCGGACAGAGGGCAACGUAGGAGCCAAGGUGUUCUUCUUCAAAGCCUUCCUGCAGGACAGCCACCUGCCCUUGGAUAAGGAGAAAAGGGACUAUGUCUGGGUCAGCAAAGGGGAGCUGGCAGAUUACUUGAAGCCUGAAUACCACUCCCAGGUUACCCGCUUCUUCGUGGACCUAUGAUUAUCAGUGAGAAGAAUAUGGGAAAGUUUUAUAUAACAAAAGAGAUUGCUGAGUGUGUUUUUUAUGCAUUUGUGGCAAAACCAUGUCUGAACCAUAUCUGCUAAAUAAAAGUCUAUAAAUGAGAAA